AUGACUAGGCCCCAAAACAUUGAAUACGGUCCGCAACCAUGGGGUGAGAAAGAAUGGUGUUCAAUCAUCAUAACGGAGGAACAUGUGGCUAUCCACAAGGUAAUAGAAUGCUUAGGUCUGAAACUGGCAAAUCAGCCUGGUCGCAAAAUCAAAUUUGAACACGAAGAUUGCUCCACUCUGGCUAAGAAGGUAGCUGAUCUAUCGAGGGAACUGGCUUUGGAUCUGCAAAAGAAACCAAAUACGUCAUCUGAAACGUCGAAUCUUUUGUUUGCUUUUGCGAAGAAGCAAUCUUCUCUUAAAAAUGAGCUCGAGAAUUUGCUAAAGGAGCACGGUUCCCGGAUUUGGGGCGAAAGUGUAGCUCGAAGUCACUUACUGGAGCCCGAUCCGAGCACAAAAUACACAGGAGAUUUGUUUUACGAAAAUGAAGGCCAUAAAAACAUUCUAGAAGAAAACAUCCGCCGAUGGAUCAUUUUAAAGACUUUUAACGCUAUCAAAGGCGCGAAAAAGUCCAAGAAGCGAGAUAACGAUAAACAGAUUACUGGUGGCAAUAAUGAGGGUCUUAAGCGGCAGAUUAGCACCGUUUUAGCUAAUCCUAAUAAUGAUGGGAGAUACUUGACAGCGGUAAAAUGGCCGAGAACAUUUUCAAGUACGCAGAUGUCGACUCCAGGAAGCUCUGCCGCUGCCCGCACCGGAGGAUUUACCGCAGUCAACUCCCUGCUAUUUGCUGGAGAGACACCCAAAGACCAAUUGCGGAAAGCUGCGUCGGGUUCUUCCCAGGAACUCCAGCGAUGUAUCUCUGGAAGUGUUUGUUGUCACAGCGAUGGCUACAGUCAUUCAUGUGGACUCUGUCCGCCUGGUGCAGCGCCAUCCCUGCCUGCCACUGACUCUCCACGCUCCGCAAUACCAGCACCAUAUAAAUCUGCUCCCGUAAACUACAGUUUGCCGCCAUCUGCUUCGACCUGCUUCACGGAUGGCGGAUCAAGAUAUUCAAAGAACCACCCUCUAAUUCACCAAGCUCAACACUCCCACACUACACAGACACAGUCACUACCACAAGGUGUACAGCAACAAAUACUCCAAAUCAGUCGACCGCAUGACCGCCAGCAGAUCCUGCCUCCAUCUCAUCCGCAAUUUCAACACCAGCAGCCUGCACCUCUAUCGCCUAAUCCAUAUAACCCUUUAGUCUGUCACUUUGGACAUUCUCUUGCGCCCCAUCUCUGUAGUAAAUUCAGCACCCCUCUUAUGCACGCCGCAACUAAUCAGCCAACUACGGCACUUGAUUCGCAGCCAAAAAGUCCACCUUUUCUACAUGAUGCGGCCGCCUAUAGUCCACAGCCGAUUCCAAUUCAUGAAGCACCUCAUCUCGCUCCAGCCAUUUCCCGACAACAGGGCCCCCACCAGGAUCUCUGUCUCCUACAAAGCAAAGCCACUGCUGGCCUUUCAGAACUUUUCUUCCCUCGGCAUUCAAUGCCUCCAGACGAAUUAGCGCUCAUCCGACUGCUACACUCACUCUGGUUCCACUGCGAGUCGCUGUUCCGCAGUGAGCUCGCCACUCACUACGGCCUCGUUUCCGAGAUCCUGAAUGCCUGGCUCCGCGAACGAGAAGCUAUCGUUACAUUACGCCACUCGAUGGCUGCCAACCCGAGCGUCCCGAAAGCAGGGUUAGUUGAUCGCAUACUGGUGAUGAACGAACUCCGGGCAAUGCGACUCAGGUGGAAAAACAUGAGUCCCAUUGAUGGCAUGAGUCCGGAAGACCUGCUCUGCAUGGCCUUCAAGGUCAUAACUAACACUGAGGGAAGCGAGUAUCUGUUCAAGGACGGGCUUGCAAAGCUGGAGCUUAGUGUGCUUGAGUUUCUAAGCAGCGAUGAUAACAAAAUUAUCUUGCAGAGGUUGGACACGAGAGCUAUAUAA